GAUCAGAACGGGUUUAAUAGACGCACAGUCCUCCGAGCCACCACAGAGUUGGCCCUCCGGCGGCGCAGAGCGGCGCUGCACGCCGUCCGUGAGGCAGCCGGAAGUGACGUCACUCCGCGGCGCGCGAUUCGAACUCCGGCGGCGCCCAUCGGAGCGCCCCAAUGCCGCGGCCCAAACCGCGCAGCCCCCGGCGCCGGGGCCGCCCCCCUCCCGCCGCCGCGCCGCCGCCUCCUCCCGCGCGGCCCCGCGUCCGCCGGUACCGGCCCGGUCAGAGGGCGCUGCGGGAGAUCCGCCGCUAUCAGAGCAGCACCGCUCUGCUGCUGCGCCGCCAGCCCUUCGCGCGUGUGGUGCGGGAGAUCUGCCUGCUCUUCACGCGGGGCGUGGACUACAAGUGGCAAGCUAUGGCCCUAUUGGCCCUACAGGAGGCGGCGGAGGCGUUCCUGGUGCAUCUGCUGGAGGAUGCCUACCUGUGCUCGCUGCACGCGCGCCGCGUCACGCUGUACCCCAAGGACCUGCAGCUGGCACGGCGCCUGCGGGGGCUGCAGGGGGAGGGGUUCUGAGCUGCCCCCCCCCACCCCCAAUAAACACCCCCUCCCCUACUCACACACACAGGCGCACAGAGCGGUGAUGGGGUUCUGCUGCUGGGUUG